AACGUCCUUGAAACGGCAGCAUUCCCUAGCUAUAGACAGUGUAUGUGUUAAGCUGGUGUGAUAAUUUGAUUGAUAGAUUUGCUUUUGUCGAGGCGGCAGCUACUCGAUCGGCAUACUUCUGUGCGGAGGUUUGGUUAUACAAGCGAAACUCACCCCGUUCCGCUACUCGCAACGUCGGGAUCAACCUGCUCCAGAAAGGUUGUAGCAGUUACUUUCAUCUUUACAAUCAUCAAACAUUAGACCGGAGAGACAACACUCGUGAAUAAUGAUUUGCUAAACAAACAACGUGCAAUCGACGAAAGUGCUGGAGACUAAAGGUGGAAUUCAAAUCUAGCAAAUCAUCAUGACGGCUAGCUGACGUUCCUAGUUGUCUGGAUUUGAUACGGUGGAAGAAUUGCAUACAGUCGCUGUUAAGAGACAGAACCGCGUACUUGCGGUUCCGAAACGAUUGUAGACGUAUCGGCAGUAUCGAAUAGCGAAACCUUGCCGCCAAAGCAAGAGGACGAAAUUCACUAGCGUCGCAGCACGCGUUUAGAAGACCUUCCUUCCCCGAACAAGUUUUCGGUGGCCGAAAUUCGUCGCUAGCGAAGAGGGGACCGGUUGCUGGUGUUACAGAUGACCGCGUCUCAUUCCAACGCGACGAUUGUUGCGUGAAGCAGGUGCGUGCCGCGUGUCUGCAACGUGGUGAACUUGAAAGUGCAACCGAAUCAUUUGUAUAGUCGUGCGUAGAAACAGAAAACGUGCAGAUUUUCAUUGGGAAAACUGUUUUCAAAAGAGGAGCAACCACUGACGGAAGCAUCAAGAUGGUAAACAUGAAAGCUGCCCUUGCCAUCGCGUUGGUGUUCGUCGGUUGCUGUAGCAACGUGGUGUUUCUCGAGCUGCUGGUUAAAAUCGAUCCAGGAUCGGGCAAUCUGAUCACUUUCCUGCAGUUCCUUUUCAUUGCACUCGAAGGUUUCCUGUUUACAUCGAAAUGUGGCACCGUACGGCCGCGAAUUGGUCUCAAGGACUACACCAUCCUGGUAGUGAUGUUCUUCGUGGCGAGCGUGUGCAACAACUACGCGUUUGAUUUCAAUAUUCCCAUGCCGCUGCACAUGAUAUUCCGGGCCGGUUCGUUGAUCGCGAACAUGGUCAUGGGCAUACUGAUAUUGAAGAAGCGCUACGACUUUUCCAAAUAUCUUUCCGUCGGUAUGAUAACACUUGGCAUCGUGAUCUGCACGAUCGUGUCCGGCACGAAGGUGGAAAGCACCCAAGUCGUGAAGAAUGCCGCUGACGAGGAUCCGGUUUCGGUGUUUUUCUGGUGGACACUUGGCAUUGCUCUCCUCACGUUGGCGUUGUUCGUGUCCGCCCGGAUGGGACUUUACCAGGAGGUCUUGUACAAGCGGUACGGCAAGCAUCCGAAGGAAGCCCUCUUCUACACGCAUCUUCUACCGCUGCCAUUUUUUGCACUGCUUGCUGGAAACAUUUGGGAGCACAUCCAGCUGGCAAACGCAAGCCCGUUGCAAACUAUUCCAGCGCUAGGGAUAUCCCUACCGAUCACUUGGUUGUACCUUCUGGGUAACGUACUAACGCAGUACGUGUGCAUCAGUUCAGUGUAUGUCCUAACGACCGAAUGCUCCUCGUUGACGGUUACACUAGUGGUAACGUUGCGUAAGUUUGUCUCGCUGCUGUUCUCGAUCGUGUACUUCAGCAAUCCUUUCACCAUACAGCAUUGGAUCGGUACGAUACUGGUGUUUGUUGGCACGAUUAUCUUCACCGAGGUAGUUGGAAAGAUCCUAGCUGCAUUGCAGCCUGCGGUGAAGGAGAAGAAAAAGGUAAAAUAAGUGAGAACCAAUGCUCAGUUGUUGAUAGAAAGGAUAUUUGUUAACAGCAAUAGUGAGAGGCUGAAAAGGUACCCCUAGAAGAAAGAAGCACUUAGAAUAUUAUAGAACGAAACAAACGGUUGCCCUUAUAUAAAAGCAUAUGGACAGUAUGUCCUAGGAUACGUGUUUAGAGCGUGACGUUAGACAGAGGAAUCUUCUUUCGAAUAGCUAAGCUUCUGUUCAAUCCAUUCAAUAACCUUACUCAAAUGGAUAUUUGUUUUAAAAGAAAAGUACGGCUAACAGUUUUUUGGCUUUUGAAAUUCGUACGAAAAAACCCUGCUAAAACGGAAAGGUACGAACUGCCUCGAUAUUUUUAUACCGAAUUUAACAAUUGCGUACCUCAUUGCAAAUUAGUUAGGAGGAAAACUAGCGUUUUGUUUUGGGAUGAUUUUUUACCGAUCGAAUGGAAUAGGUGUGAUGUAGUAUUGUUUCUAGUUUAACCAGUGAUGGUCCUAAUGAUGAUUAGAUGUAAAGGAAUGGCGCAAAAUCAAACUAAUUGAAUGCACACGUGUAAAUUAUUGCUCAUGACGAUUAUGAGAAUUACGUCCGGUGGAUUUCUAUUCUGGAAUAAAGUGACAAAUAAUGAG